AUGGCGCCGAAAUCGCUGAGUGAUCUCAAGCGCAAGGAUCUGUUACAAUCCAAAGGGUACAUUGACGAAGCAUGGGUGGAUGCGACCUCGGGAAGGACAUUCGACGUCUAUGACCCUGCCACACUGGACAAGAUCGCGACGCUUCCCGAGAUGGGCGCCGACGAUACCAACAAAGCCGUGGAGGCGGCGCAUGUGGCAUUCGCAAGCUACAAGAAGACCUCUGCACGGCAGCGCGCCAGGUGGCUUCGGAAAUGGAGCGACCUGUGCCUGGAGCAUGCCGACGACCUGGCUUUGAUUUUGACGCUGGAGAACGGCAAGACGCUGGCCGAGGCCAAAGGGGAGGUGACCUAUGCAGCCUCCUUCCUGGAAUGGUUCGCUGGCGAAGCCGAGCGCGUGCAUGGCGAAGUGGUGCCACCGGCGAACCUCAACCAGCGCAUCCUGACCUUCAAGCAACCCAUCGGCGUCGCAGCCUGCUUGAGUCCGUGGAACUUCCCCAUCGCCAUGAUCACGCGCAAGGUCGGUGCAGCGCUCGCUGCGGGUUGCACCACCGUUUGGAAACCUGCCGGUGAAACCCCCCUGAGCAGUCUUGCUCAGGCGGUUUUGGCCCAGGAAGCUGGUUUCCCUAAAGGUUCGAUCAAUGUCAUCACCACAUUAAAUCAAGUUGCCGAGGUGGGCGAAGCGUUGUGCAAGAACAAGCUCGUCAAAAAGCUGAGUUUCACUGGAAGCACCAGAGUCGGAAAAUUGCUCGCCAGCCAAUGCAGUCAAAGCUUGAAGAAGCUAUCUCUUGAACUCGGCGGCAACAGCCCAUUUAUCGUGUUCGACGACGCCAAGCUCGAGACCGCCAUUGAAGCCUGCAUCCUGGCCAAAUUCAGGAACUCAGGCCAGACAUGCGUCACGGCAAAUCGGAUCUUCGUGCAGAAAGGCAUCUACGACAAGUUUGCAGAUGCACUGGCCGCGAAAAUCAAGACUCUCAAGGUCGGACCGGGCACUGAGGAUGGUGUGUUUGUUGGCCCGUUGACACAUGACCGCGCCGUAGAGAAGGCAUUGAAUCAUAUCAGCGACGCAAAGAAACACGGCGGCCAGGUCGUCCUCGGCGGAGAACCCAUGAAAGAUUUCAAAGGCUACUUCCUGCAACCGACACUGAUCAAAGGCAUGAACCGCGAGAUGAUCACGACACGCGAGGAGACAUUCGCGCCGGUGGUCGGCCUCUACGAAUUCGAGACCGAAGAAGAGGUCAUCGGUCUGGCGAACGAGGCUGAAGUGGGCCUGGGCAGCUUCAUCAUCACAGAGAACAUCCCCCGCGCGUGGCGCGUUACUGAAGCGCUGGAAGUCGGCAUGGUUGGGGUGAAUCUCGGGCUGCUCUCGGCGUGUGAGAGCCCGUUCGGAGGUGUCAAGGAGAGCGGGUACGGCAGGGAGGGUGGCCGGCAGGGUAUCGAGGAGUACCUGAGCGUCAAGUCGAUGUUGAUCAAUGUUGCAAGCUAG